AUGCGGAAUGGCAGUUAUAUUCGUGCUUUAGGCCGGCAGUCGUUCGAACCAUCUCAAGGACCCUCUGUUCCAGAUAGUGAAUCCCCAGAUCAUGGCUCUUCCACCUCAGAACAAUCACAGGAGAUGCAGAGACGUUUGAUCAAAGCCCAGAACGAUGUCUUAGCUACUGUUGGUGUCUGUCUACGGGAUACCAAGGGGCAGGAGACAUCAGAAGCUAUAAUGCAGGAAAAUGAAGUCGGAUUACUUGUCGGUGCUGUGGAUCUGACUAUCACAUAUUUGGCUAGUUGGCCACUGGUAGGUAUCAGAAACAGACUCCAGGUAAAUAUCCAUUCACCAGAAAUCACUCGAGCAUCAACAUCUAUUGUUCCUAAAGUUAGGAUUGAGUUGGUAUAA